UUGGCGACCCUCCAGGUGCUCCUGCCAAUGGGACGCACGCCCUCGCCCCGAAGAGAAUUUAAGAAGGCAGAGCCGCCGUGAGACCGAGGGAGAGCGAGAGAUCGAGAGAUUCCAGUUCCAGAGGGGAGGGGCCUCUCCAAUCCGUGCCCUACCCGCAAGGAAGGAAGGCCGCGGCGGUCGCCGCCGCCGCUUCUCUCUCUCCGACGGGGCCGCCAACUCCCGAGUCCUGACGCCUCCGAUGCAAGAAAGACCAUAGGUUCUUGGACACAAGCAAGAUCAAGCAGUCGACAUGGAACCGUCUUCACAACCUCAGCCUGCAACGGGUGAUGUCGUUGCUGGUGGAUCACAAGUGUAUCCUGCCUCAGCCUAUCCACGUGCAGCAACAAUAGCGGUAGCUCCUGGUAUCAUUCCUGCCGGUUCACAGCCAGCAUCACCAUUCCCUGCCAAUCCAGCCCAGCUCAACGCUCAAAACCAGCUUAUCUACGAGCAAGCGCAGCAAUUUCAGCAGCAGCUCCAGCAGCAGCAGCAGAGGCAGCUGCAGCAGUUCUGGGCCGAACGACUGUCGGAGGUUGAUCAGGCCACCGACUUCAAGAACCACACCUUGCCACUCGCCAGGAUAAAGAAGAUCAUGAAGGCCGACGAGGAUGUCCGCAUGAUCUCUGCCGAGGCCCCGGUGGUCUUUGCGAAAGCGUGCGAGAUAUUCAUACUGGAGCUGACGCUGAGGUCGUGGAUGCACACCGAGGAGAACAAGCGCCGGACCUUGCAGAAGAAUGACAUCGCCGCCGCCAUCAGCAGGACCGACGUCUACGACUUCCUGGUGGACAUAAUCCCCAGGGACGAGAUGAGGGAGGAGGGGGUUGGGCUUCCCAGGGCCGGGCAGCCGCCGCUCUUGGGGGACACGCCGUACCCGUACUACUAUCCGCAGCAGGUGCCAGGUGCGGUGAUGGGGUACGGUGGCCAACAGGUGCAGCAGGGCCAUCUGCCGUAUGUGUGGCAAGAUCCUCAGGAGCAACAGCAGCAGGGCCCUCAUGCGGAGCAACAUCAAUCUGAAAGCGGCUGACAACAUUGUGAGCAACCACCGGAUUCAGCAUCGUCAGCUUAGCCAGGACAUCCGAAGUUCCAAACUAAUUUUCAGGUUUCGCAAUAGAUUAUAUGAUGGUUUCUUUUUGUCUGUCGAUAUGGGAGAGAUUUACUAGUUACUUCGUGGAAUUUUGUUUCUGUCGUGGUGGUGGUGCCCUUACAAAAGGGUUAUAUGAUUAGAGACUAAUUUGUUGAAAUUUUACCAUAGCGUGUCCGUUCCGUUAUUCCAAGAUACUAGUAAAAUGCUGGCAGCUGGUGAUGCUUUUCGGCAUGUAUGCGACGUUUAGUGGCAUCUGGUGAUGUUUCCGUUUGCUUGCGGUUCCUAUCGUGUUGCACUGGACAUUUAAGAUCCUGUUGCAUCUCCAGCUGAAGUGUGUGAACUGAAUGUGCAAUGGUGUUUUUGCGAA